GGAUCCAACGAACGAGAGCCACGCUCUUCAGAGUCACGUUCAGAUGAUCCACUAAAUGACGGAAUGAUUCCAGCUAAGAAAUCUCGCUCAGAUUCGGUAAUUGCAGACCUUUAACGCAUGUGAUGAUGUCAGGGUCAGGUGAGACUUGCACUUCCUCUUAUGCUUGCCGUGUAAGCUAACGCCUAUUUAAAGAAAAAAGAAAAGCACUGCUAGAGUUGAGAUAAAAUUAAAAAGAAAUAGGUGUAAAAUGCGCUGGGAAGCAGCCAAUAAACGAGUUACUUGAAAUAUUUAAUGCUAAAUUAAAAAAAGAUAUCGUGAUAUUGGUUUAAACAAAAACUGGCGAACUGCUGUAGCAUUUUCAAAACAAGAAUGCCAAUGCAUAGUUCAGAAACCAAAUCUUACAGCUGGAUAUUUGGCUAUGAAAGAAAUAAUAACACAAUAAAUGUGGAAAGAACAAGCGGGUUAAUGUUUAUGGUAAAAAUUAGUAAAUAUGUGUAAUAAAAAUCUACAUGCAAGUAAAAGAUAUGUAUUAUUUACCAACGAGGUCAUCAAGUUAGACUAACGGGGUGGUGGUGUUGGCUGUUGUGUGGCGCCGCCAUGUGUCUAGCUCUCCGCUUGAUUAUAUUUUUUAGUUGAGUUUCUCUGCCUCUGAUUCCAUAUUCAACCGGUGCCAUUCGCCUUCCAACUGCAAACUCAUCUUCCUGACUGCACUGAAAUCAACUUCAAAAUUGAAAAAGCGUCAUCAUUGGACGGAUUUUAUUUCUUUUUUUAUUUUUUCUCUUUUAUUAAACGUGCCCUUGAAGUGAUUCAAACCACACUCACCCACUCCUCACAGUGACAAUGUAGAAAUGUGUCCAAUAAAAACGUUUAAGCCAAUUGCGCUAGCAUCAUCAAAUGUUGGAGAGGGCAAAGAGAUUUUUGAGAUGAAAUAAGCUUUUCUGAAAAAUAAACCAAAAAUGACAUACAAUGAAUGAAAUGUAUUAAGUCGCCAAUAUAAACAAUUACUUAACGUGCGCAACAUAAAGUAUAAAAAAGUAUGCGCGUUAAGCAAAUGAAAUUCUGCUACUGCCACUAGCCUGAUAAUUGCAAGUCUUCGGAACCGAAAAUUCCAUACAUUUCGCAGCCAAUUUACGACCUAAAACAAACGGGCGAUGUUAAAUUUGGUCCGGGUACGCGCUCUGCAUUACUGGGUCUGUUGGGUGGCGCUCUACCAAAGCUUAGUUCCGAUCAACAUGAUACGGUCAGCAAAGCAAAGAAAUACGCCAUGGAGCAGAGUAUUAAAAUGGUAUUAAUGAAACAGACAUUGGCACAUCAACAACAGCAAUUGGCAUCACAACGCACACAGGUUCAACGACAGCAGGCACUCGCGCUCAUGUGCAGGGUAUAUGUGGGCAGUAUUUCAUUUGAACUAAAAGAGGAUACCAUACGCGCUGCUUUUCUACCUUUUGGUCCCAUUAAGUCUAUAAAUAUGUCAUGGGAUCCCAUCACCCAGAAGCACAAAGGUUUCGCCUUUGUUGAAUACGAAAUACCAGAAGGAGCACAACUGGCAUUAGAACAAAUGAAUGGCGCACUUAUGGGUGGUCGUAACAUUAAAGUGGGUCGUCCUAGCAACAUGCCACAAGCACAGCAGGUGAUAGAUGAGAUACAAGAGGAAGCUAAAAGUUUCAAUCGCAUUUACGUUGCCUCCAUACAUCCGGAUCUUUCGGAAGAGGAUAUCAAGAGUGUUUUUGAAGCAUUUGGUCCAAUUUUGUAUUGCAAAUUGGCACAAGGGACGUCGCUGCAUACGCACAAGGGCUACGGUUUCAUUGAGUACGCCAACAAGCAGGCCAUGGAUGAAGCUAUCGCCAGUAUGAACUUGUUCGAUUUAGGAGGACAGUUGUUGCGAGUGGGCCGUUCGAUCACACCACCGAACGCGUUGGUAUGCGCUUCUACCAAUUCCACAAUGCCCACAGCUGCCGCUGUUGCUGCAGCCGCAGCUACCGCUAAAAUACAGGCACUUGACGCCGUCGCCAGCAAUGCCGUGCUUGGCCUUUCCGCAACUACUCCCGCUCUAGGCAUCUCACCGCUAGCUGCCGCAGCUAAGGUGGGCACACUGCCGAUCGCUGCCGCUGGCGCGUUGCAUCCGCCAGGUAUUGCAGUACCCACUACUACAGCCGGCGCUGCUGCAUUCCUCCCUGCUGGUGUCUUCCAAGCACCAGCAGCUUUAGCACCGAAUCUAUUGGGUGCUGCACCCGGCAUACCGAGUGUGACCACUGCAGCACCGGCAGUUGUUACACAAGCCGCACUAUUAGCAACACCUACUAUGGGUGCUCCCUCUAUGGCUGCAAUUGGUAAUUUUGCCACUGGUGCUAUUAGUGGGGUGUUGAGCGCUGAUGCCGUCGCAAACGCAGCGGCUGCAGCUGCUGCGGCUGUCAGUGCAAAUGCCGCAGCCGCCGUCGCCGCAGCGAAUAAUGUAACAGCAUUACACAAUCUGCAAUCUGCCAAUUCGGAGCAGCUGAAAAAGGCGCACGAGAAGGCACAACAGGAGGAAUUGCAAAAGAAAUUGAUGGACGAAGGCGAGACGCAAACGCUACAGCAGCAGGAGAAUAUGUCGAUCAAGGGUCAGAGUGCACGGCAACUGGUCAUGCAACGGCUAAUGCGACCACAGGAGUCACGAGUGAUCAUACUGCGCAAUAUGGUUGGUCCAGAGGAUGUAGAUGAAACGCUGCAAGAGGAAAUACAAGAAGAAUGCACCAAAUUCGGCACUGUUAGUCGUGUGAUAAUCUUCAAUGAAAAACAAACCGAAAACGAAGAUGAUGAAGAAGCCGAGAUAAUUGUUAAAAUAUUUGUGGAAUUUUCAAGCGCCGUAGAGGCUGUGCGCGGACGGGAUGCUUUGCACGGACGUUUCUUUGGUGGACGACGUGUCGUUGCUGAGUUAUAUGACCAAUCACUGUUCGAUCAUGGUGAUCUAUCUGGUUAAUGGAAAUAAUGUAUGAAAAAAGGAAGAAAAAAAUACUUUGCAGAACAGAAGUAAUUAACAAAAACCAAAAGCCAACAUUUUAACAGUCAUUUUUUGACUUGUUUGCAGCUGCGCAUUUGCUUUCAUUUUUAAAAAUAGAUAACAUAAGAUUUAAAAUAGUUCUCUUUCAUAUAUUUUCCGUUGGUUAGUGACUAAAUGGCUACAGCUAAAGUUUCUCAAACAUUAUCGUUCCCACUUCCACAAAUCCAUUAGCAGUUGAUAAUGUAAUUAAUGUAUUCGCGUUUAAAAUGCAGUUAUAUUAAGGGAAGAAGAAGUAUAUUGAUUUCUGUACAAUUAAUAAAAAUAUGUUAGUAUUUAAUCAAAAAUUAA